CUGCUUUCUCUCUGUCCUCUGCCUUCUUUUCAUUACAGUACAAACUUCAAUCGCCUGCAUCAAGUCCUCACAAUGUGCUCGUGUUGCAGCUUCAAAUGCGGAUUUAUUUUCUUCAACAUGCUCUUUAUGGCAUCUGGGGUUGCUCUCCUCACUACCGGGGUACUGCAAAAACCCACUUACCAAGAGUUGGGAGCAUUUGCAGGGAACAGCCUGGCCAAAAUUGCUAUAGUCCUCAUAGCAGUGGGUUUCAUCAUAACAGUGGUCUCCAUCUUGGGCUGUCUCGGAGCAUUCUUUAAUAAUUAUGGUUUGGUGGUAACUUACGUCUGUUGCCUGACUGUGAUUAUCAUAUUGGAGAUAAUCACUGGGGCUGUCAUUUAUUCACUCUUCAUGAGGAUGAAGGUAUUGAAUCCUUCUUCCCUAGUAAACAUAAAAGGUCCAAUAAACUACAUCGACAAAGUGAAAAGGACGAUCAGUGAGUACAGCCCGGAGAAGAGAGCCGCCAUCGACAGAAUUCAAGAAAAGUUCAAAUGCUGUGGUGCAAACGGCCCUGAGGACUGGGCAACCAGUGUGGGCUGGGAGGACCAUGAAGCCGCGCCGGACUCCUGUUGUGAGGUGAAGGGUCCCGGCUGUGGGAAGGAAAAGGGCAAAGUUCGCUCAAAGGGUUGCAUUAAGGCCAUCAGCUUAUUUCUGAUGAAAAGCCUGAUGUGGGUGGGGGUUUUCUGUAUCGUUCUUGGAAUUUCAGAGUGCUUUGGAGUACUCAUCGGGGCAUGCUUCAGUUGCAACAUAAAACAGAAAAACUAUGACAACAUGAGCUGAUGUGGCCAAGCACAGCAGACUUCACACAUUGCUGACAUAUUGGAUCUAUUCUAUUUGCUUUAUCCAGUCUUUUUAUCCUAAAAUGGGACUUAAGGAUUAAGUAUAUGAUGUUGUAAUUGACAUGUUUGAAAACAACUAAUAAUUACUUAUUUUGCGCUUGCAAAUUGUGACUAUUUUAACAAGAUAUGUAAAUGGAACGGUUUGGUCUAUGCCAUUGAAAACACCAUUUACUCAAUAGUCUCAUGUUUAAUUGUCAUGCUAUGGAGAAUAACUUCAAUAAAUGUGUGAUGGAUA